CAACUCCAACCAACACCACCACCAACACAACCAUUAACACACCCGCCCCAGGACGUGACGGGAGGUCCUCCAACCGGUGCCAUGAGUUUCACGACGAUGUUCAACAAGCUGUCGGGUCAGCCCGAGAGCUACGAGAAGAAAGCACUGUACAAAUUCGGCAGGACGCUGGGCGCUGGCACAUACGGGAUCGUGCGUGAGGCUGAAAGCAGCUCCGGCAAGGUCGCGAUCAAGAUUAUCCUCAAGAAGAAUGUUCGCGGUCAUGAGGAUAUGGUCUACGAUGAGCUGGAGCUGUUGCAGGCGCUGAAUCACCCCAAUAUUGUCCACUUUGUCGACUGGUUCGAAUCAAAGGACAAAUUCUACAUUGUUACGCAACUAGCCACCGGUGGGGAGCUGUUUGACCGCAUCUGCGACUAUGGCAAGUUCACGGAGAAGGAUGCUUCGCAAACAAUCCGCCAGGUGCUCGAAGCCGUCAACUACCUCCACGAGAGGAAUAUCGUUCACCGAGAUUUAAAACCCGAGAAUCUUCUGUACUUGACGCGUGCUGCCGAUUCCCCGCUGGUCCUCGCUGAUUUCGGUAUCGCCAAGAUGCUCGAAACUCCGACCGAGGUCCUGACGAGCAUGGCGGGCUCGUUCGGGUACGCCGCUCCCGAAGUGAUGAUGAAACAGGGCCACGGCAAGGCCGUCGACAUGUGGUCGCUCGGCGUCAUCACCUACACCCUGCUCUGCGGCUACUCCCCCUUCCGGUCGGAGAACCUGUCGGACCUGAUCGAGGAGUGCCGUGCCGGCCGCAUCAUCUUCCAUGAACGCUAUUGGCGCGACGUCUCCCAGGACGCCAAGGACUUCAUCAUCUCCCUGCUGCAGCCCGACCCGGCAAAGCGCCCCACCUCCGAGGAAGCCCUCAAGCAAGUCUGGCUGACCGGUGAGACGGCCAGCGACCGCGAUCUGCUGCCGGAGAUCAAGGCCUACAUUGCUCGCUCCCGCCUUCGCCGCGGUAUCGAGAUCGUCAAGCUCGCCAACCGCAUCGAGGCCCUCAAGAUGCAGGAGGAGGACGAAGAAGACAUCCCCAGCCCCGUCGAGGUGGCGGCGGCCAAUGGCGGUGCCGCUGCCGCCUCCCUGUUACCCAAGGCAGGCGAGCAGAGCGACAAGGCCGCUGCUGCAUCGACUGACGAGGCUCCGGUCACGACCAAGAAGCGCAGCCUGAGCAAGGUCGCCCGCGGUGCCAUCUUCCGCGAGGUCGUGCUGGCCAAGGUCCGCGAGAUGAAGGACAACGAAGAGCUGGAGAAGGUGGAACGCGAAGCUCGCGAAAAGGCUGCUCAUUCCUAGUUCUCUAUCCUCUGAUCCUCCUUUUUGUCUUCCUUUUUUCUUCCUUUUCUCUUUCCUCCCCCGGCCGCUACCCUUACUGCCUAUGGAUAUUGUUGGAU